AUGGUCUGGCACGAAGACGCCGUGCCAAAUUAUCAUGAUGAGUCUGCGGCAUUCUGGAGCUGGUCUGUGCCCCUGAACGAAAAGGGAUCCCUCUUGUCGCGACAUUGCUUCAUUGGCUUGCCUUCCAGUCGCAUCUGCGCCAAAACACGAGAGGCAGUGCUGGCUGUGCUUGAGUGGGACCUGAGAUCCUUGAAAACUGGAUGUUUUGCAGAUCGCGACCAUUUGGACGUGGUUUUCCCAGAAAACAGCUUCAGGGGCAAGAGGGCAAAAACCCCGAUCAUGGGCGACAAACGUGCCAUCUUCUCGUGGUGGAAGGGUGACCAGGAAGCCCACAUGCUCAGCCACCGGUUGAGAAGGAAUUAUUUGACCAACAACUGUUGCGACCUUUGCCUUGCCCAGAAAAGACUUCGUGGCCUCACCUACGCUGACUUUACGAUGGCUGCCAACUGGCGACGUCAGAUGCAUGAGUUCCUGGGCAUGGCUUCUGACACACCGUUCGACAAUGUCCUGUUUACUUUUACUGCACGCGCCAAGCUGUGGGCUCGUGACCGUCGCCUGGACGUCCACAUCAAGCCGCUGACGGUGGCAUCGCUGGGCAAAUCGGACAGCGCCAACUACCCUGAGCUGUCGUCACGCAUCAAAGCAUCUCGAACGAGGAACUUGCUGGCGUUUGUGACACACUUUGCCAUUGACGUAGCCAACGACCGUUUCUCGCUCGACAUGAAGCCUCUCAAGGCACUGCUUUGCUGCAAUUGCCGAAACACCAUUACUUGUGUCACCUGA